CUGUUUUUCUUGACGCCUUUCUGGGAUAAAAGAGAUUUCCUAACCACAUUCAAAAAUCAAGUACCAACUCACGAAAUGUUAACACAAAGCUAUAUUAGUAAAUAUAUUGCUGAAACACUGAGUAAUGGCAAUUGCGCUCUAUUAGACGAUCUUCACACUUGAUUCAGUUUGCCCUUCCUGACUGGUCAAUCACAACAGUGAUGGCGGCGGCAGUAACACGGUUCUUCCUCCGAGGUGCAGGCUCGAAAGUUCCCAAUACCGGUGUUAGCACCAGGGGUCACAGCUCUUUUGGAGCCACUCUACUGAAACUGUCCCCGAGCUGCAACGUCCGCACAAAAACACAGAGACGGCAUGCAGCGCACUUUACCUUUCAGCCUGACCCCGUCCCGACACAAUAUGGGCCCACCCAAAAGAUGAACUUGUUCCAGUCAAUUACAAGUGCCUUGGACAACACUCUGGCCAAUGAUCCUACAGCAGUCAUCUUUGGGGAAGAUGUUGCCUUUGGUGGAGUAUUCCGGUGCACCGUCGGUUUGAGAGACAAAUAUGGUAAGGACCGAGUCUUUAACACUCCCCUUUGUGAGCAGGGGAUCGUGGGAUUUGGUAUUGGUGUAGCUGUUGCUGGUGCUACAGCCGUCGCUGAGAUCCAGUUUGCUGACUACAUCUUCCCUGCUUUUGACCAGAUAGUAAAUGAAGCAGCCAAGUACCGCUACCGUUCUGGCAAUUUGUUUGACUGUGGCGGCCUCACCAUUCGGGCUCCGUGGGGCUGUGUUGGCCACGGAUCACUAUACCACUCUCAAAGCCCCGAAGCCUUCUUUGCACACUGCCCUGGCGUCAAGAUUGUAAUACCUCGUAGUCCAGUGCAGGCCAAGGGGCUGCUCCUCUCCUGCAUCGCUGACAAGAACCCCUGCAUAUUCUUUGAGCCCAAGAUCCUGUACAGAGCAGCAGUGGAGCAGGUUCCUGUGGAGCCCUACACCAUCCCGCUCUCACAGGCUGAGAUCCUACAGGAAGGAAGUGAUGUCACUCUGGUUGCCUGGGGGACACAGGUUCAUGUGAUGAGGGAGGUGGCCAACAUGGCUCAAGAGAAACUGGGAGUGUCGUGUGAAGUCAUCGAUUUGCAGACCAUCCUGCCCUGGGAUACUGAAACAGUUUGCAAGUCAGUGGUGAAAACUGGACGUUUGCUUAUCAGUCAUGAGGCACCAGUAACAGGAGGCUUUGCUGCUGAAAUCAGCUCCACAGUACAGGAGGAGUGCUUUCUUAACCUGGAGGCUCCCAUCAGUAGGGUCUGUGGUUACGACACCCCCUUCCCUCACAUAUUUGAACCCUUCUACAUCCCAGAUAAGUGGAAGUGCUUUGAUGCAAUCAAGAGAAUGAUCAACUACUGAACCCCUGUCAGCCAACUUCUGGUAGCCCUGCUCUCUACACCCUCCCUCUUUUCCCUUUCAUUCAUCCAAUCAGUGGAGAGCAGCCCGGAAACGACACUUUGUUGACCAUCCAAUUGGGAAACAGUGUCCAGAUGGUGUCCAUGUCCCUCUGUGUCUUCCAGCUAAAAGACUGUUACAGUCCCUCUGGAGUAAGGAGCCUCAUUCUGUUGCAAGGGAGGAAAAACGACCUGAUCCACUCUAUAUGAUGAAACUCUUCUUCGACAUCAAACAUAUAACGCACAUAAUUUAAUUUCCUCCUAGAGAAAAGUUGGGUACUGUGGGGAAAAUUACUUGGUUGCAUUUUGUGACUGUCUGCAUUUCUCUCUUGUCACUUUUGACUCAGUGUGUAGUUUAUUUAGUUUGAUGUGAAUUGAGCCUUAUUGUUGUACUAAUGUAACGGAUAUGGGGGUGUUAAGGAAAAUAAAAUAAUCAGAAUUGGUGAAAACAUUAAACAUGGUGAUUUUCAUUGC